UUUAAUUAUUAAGAGUUAAUGUACAGAAGUGCUGGAUCCGAUAUUUUUGGAGAACUUACCUGUGCAGUGUUUCUACGGAUUUAGGGGCACGACUGAUAUCGAGUAGCAUGUGAAAGUGGUUUAUUUCUCUUUUUGGGUGGAAAAUGUCCAGUACGUUAUCAGAAGGUCAAAAACUAAUCAGCAAACCUUUAAGAAGUCCAUUCAAGGAAAGAUCAGCAAAAGACAAGGGGCAUGUUUUUGUGGAACCGCAAACACCACUAAAAAACACAAGUAAGGCUUCAGAAGCUGCGUUACUGGAGAACAUGGGGCCCCUAACAACACCUACUAAGGGUCUUGAGGCUCCGUCAAGCGAACCCUGGACACCUACCUCCAACUUGAAGAUGCUCAUCAGUGCAGCCAGCCCUGAGAUUCGCAACCGCGAGAAAGAACGAGCCAUAAACAGCAGUGAAUCAGAGAACUCGCAGGAGCCUGAACAAGGAGAAGAAGUAGAAAAGCUCCAGAUAAGUCGUAAAGACAAAAGUCUGGGUUUGCUGUGUUACAAAUUUCUUGCAAGGUACCCAAACUACCCCAAUCCCGCUGUAAACAACGACAUCAGCCUUGACGAUGUGGCGGGAGAACUAAAAGUGGAACGACGCCGCAUCUACGACAUCAUGAACGUUCUCGAGAGCCUAAACAUGGUCAGCCGGCUGGCUAAGAACCGCUACACGUGGCAUGGACGGGUGAAACUUGCGCAAACACUUGCCAUGCUCAAGCGAGCUGGCAAAGAGAACUGCUACGGCCAACUGAUGCAGCAGAUCCGUCAAAGGAGCCUAGAGCGAGAAGACAGAGAGUUUGAUUUGGACGGAGAGGAGAAGGAGAAUGAAGAAAUGUCUAGUUUUGAAACGGACGGAGACUCUGGUCAAGCAGAGCUUUCCGGAGCAGAUCCUAAAGCUGCUUCUGCGAACAGCCGUAAAGACAAAUCUCUGAGAGUGAUGAGUCAGAAGUUCGUCAUGUUGUUCCUGGUGUCCAGCCCUCCUGUGGUCAGUCUCGAAAUAGCCGCCAAGAUCCUCAUCGGUGAAGAUCACGUGGUGGAUCAGGACAAAAACAAGUUCAAAACUAAGAUCCGCAGACUUUAUGACAUUGCAAAUGUUCUAAGCAGCCUAGAGCUGAUAAAGAAAGUGCAUGUGACUGAGGAUAGAGGAAGAAAGCCUGCUUUCAAGUGGACUGGGCCAGACGACUUACCAUCUCCAAAGAGUGAGGACCUGGGGACCUCAACUUUAUCAUCAGCAUCACAACCUCUGGAGUCUCGUUCCUCUGUUGAAAACUGUGCUAAAAAUCUCUUUUCCUCACCCGAAACAAAGCGAGGUUUUACUCGACAUAAUUCCUUAGUCAAGCUGGUAAAGAGCAUACAAGAUGACCGCAGAAAAAUCAACUCUGCACCUUCUAGUCCAGUUAAAAUGACAGGUGAUUCUGCAAAUGGUAACUUCUACACAAACAAAAUGGCUCAUCUGGCUGCUAUCUGCAAAAAGCAUCUAGAUGAACAAUCAACGGUCCAUCGUAUUCAGCCUAACAAUGAGGUUUCACUCGCUUUGAGUGGACGCACUUCACAAGUAUCUGAACUACCUGACUCCACGUCUGCUAGCAAUCAUCAGUCUCAUGGGCCUUCGGGAAUGCAGAUCCCAGUUCUUCCCGCAGGUGCAAUUCCAUAUCUUUCUACCACGUGCUCCCCAAUCAUCCCGGUUCUGAUACCUCGACACCAGGCAGGCGGGUCAUAUGCUGUUUACAUGCACCCCUCAGCUCUCAGACCGCAGCCCACUAGCCUAGCAGUUCGUUCGAUGACAUUUGAGAGCCCAGGAAGUGCAAACACAAAGACAUCUAGCAGUAACCAAACCAACCAACCAUCAUCAGACAGUAAAGAGCCGACGAGUCCCUCAACCCUUAAACGGGGAUGUGGAGAAAAGAGCUUAGCGGGAAGUCCAUCUAAAUUACAGCGGACAGAGCCAAAGAGUGUUUCUCCAAAACUGUGUGAGAUCCUACAAGCCCGCCUGAAGGCCCGUAGAGGGGAUUUUGCCUCCACCCGGCCUUCCCCGAGAGCCCUGCACCUGGAGUUCUCCAAACCCUCUGAGAAUCAGCCUCCCUCACUAAUCACCGGCACAGCAUCUCUGGAGCAAAGCUUGGAGACCUUCCUGGAGAAGGAGGAGAAGGUUCAGACCUCCGACAAUGAGGUCAGACUGAAACCUGUCAGACCACCACAAUCACCGGCCCAGAAGCCCAGCGUUCCCUUUCAGGAUGUGGUCCGGCCAUCUGGACCCAUACAUACAGAGACUUUGAUCCCCGCGGGUUAUUUGAUUCCGAUCUCCCAGCAGUCCUUUGUGAACUUCAUAGAUCCACAAUACUCCACUGGAGAAAGCUCUAAAGCCUCCACACAAACGUACAACAUCUAUCACACCCCAACAGCAGGUUCCAGGCCUCCUCUUCCUCAAGAAAUCACCCCCACCCGGCUCCCUCUAAACCGGAUACCGUGCAUCUCUCCCUUCCCUUCUCAAGGGCGUCACAUCCACGGCCCCAGUCCUGCCAUUCUCAACUUCACCCUGCAGAACCUGGGCCUUAUCCCCGGCAGCACCACACCAAACUCCACUCCUGAGCAGGCCAGCACGCUCCCGUCUCCCCACUCAGGGCUCCCUCCACAGGGCAUGAUCUUUGUGAAGCCCAUCUCACCUGCCCGAACUCUGCACUCCAUACACGGGCAGCACGUCACCCUCAUCAGCAUACCACAGCCGUUAGUAGACACACCUAAAGGCGGUCAACACCUCCAGCAGAGUUUCUUUCACACCCCGGUCUCCUUUCCUACUGUAACCAGCAGCGCAGCUCCCAGAAACAUCUACAUCCCUCAGAGAAAGCUUGAUGUGAGUCCAGAGGACAGCUAAGACCUUCACACUGACGCUGCUAAAAACCACUGUUCUGUUUGAGCCAUUGUGUGUGCUUGUUAUUUGUCUUUGAGCGGUUUUAUGUUUUUUCUCUUUUUAUAUUGUUACUUUACUGUACGGUCUGCAUUGACUUCAUAUGAAUCUGUGGUGCUUCAUUCUUUUUACUGCCGAGGCUCUCAAAGAAGGCAGGACAGUGGACAUGGUGCUGUUUGACAAGACAGUUGAGGGUUUAUUUACAAAAUAAAAGCACAAUGCAGGUUUUUUUGUUUGAUUGUUUGUUUGUUUUAAAUAUGCUGUAAAUCUAGGGUUAAGAAUAAACAAACAAAAAAAUGGUCAAAGACUGUAUGAAAUGUUAACAGGAAAUCUGAUUUCAGGGAUUAUAGGAAUUGCCAAAUUUGUAAGAUUUUUUUUUAUUAUUAUUAGUGUUGCUUUGGGCAUUGCCUUUGAGUGUUAAAGUACCACAGUAUAUGAAAUUACCAUAACUUGGCAUUGUGUCAUGAUGUAUUAAUAUGGGAGAAUGUAAGAUUAAUGGUGUUAUUCAGUAUUGUAGAUAAUAUUACUAUCUGCACAUCAUUUAUUUAAACUGCCUUUACAAUCUGAUUUCUAUGUAAUAAAGAUAAAUGAAGGCGC